AUGGAAAACGACGCGACAAUCCAACUAAAGACGCUGCUGCUUCACUUGGCCACCGACAUCUCAUCUGCCCAGAAUCUACCGCAUAUACUUGAUAUACUGACUUCAGAGCAUCUGUCAUCGUCUCCGCAUCUCACCAAAUGGACAUCGCGAAUACUUUCUCUCUUACAUUCCAAAGAUGCGCCAGGAAAAUGGGCUGGACUCUGUCUCGCACACAGGACGUCACUUCUAUCAAAGUCAAUCAUGAUUGAGCAUGCUCAACAGUGGCUUACCAUUGCUUUACGUGUCCUAUCCCGAAAAGAAGCAACACCAAUCUUAAAAGCAGCAGUCAACUUGUGUCGGAUUAUGUUCUGUUCUGCAAUGGAUGUAUCUGAGUUCCAACGACAAGUCUGCCUUCCCAAUGUCACAAAAUUCACAGCAGCGACCAUUGCUCUAUGUGAUGGAGAACCCGAGCUCGAGUUUAAGGUACUUCUGUUGAACACGCUUGCCAGAGUAGUUCCAUUGUAUCCCAAUGCGCAUCGGUCAUCCCACAGUGCGCUUUCGGGAUUGUGUCUGAAGUAUCUUAAUGGUAGUGCCCCCUUGCCUACUUCUGUGACACUACUCCGAUCGUCCUCCCGUUUAUACGCUGUACUUCCCGCCACCGGAGGCAAAGUUGGGGCUUCCAAUUUGUGGAAAAAGACGGUCGAGGAAACCUUGACUUUUGGAUGGACUGCAUUUUCGAGUUUACGAUCUUCCUUUUCAGAAGGUUUGUGCGGCUUUCUUGCAACAAACGCUGGUUUUUACAAUAUCCCAGGUUCUAUCUCUCGAAACGAAGACGUUCAGGUCACAAUACCUUUAAAUUUGGAUCGUCUACGGUGUUUUGUUGUCAUCAUUAAUGAUCUUCUCGGGACUGGUACCCAGCGAUCAGUUCAAGUUCCAAUAGGGUCCCUUCAUAAAUUUGCUAUUGCUCUUUUGACAUCAACGACUGCUGGAAGAGGACCGGAUAAUGGGCACGUAGACAUCAGCACACGGUCACUCGAAGCCUCUGUCGUUCCAACUCUAUGGAAGCUUGGAUGCGAAUAUGUUAUUAGCCUUGCCAUCCAUCUCCGUCAUCACUUGACCUCGCAUUUAAACGGGUUAACUUCUUGUUUGGCAUCUCAUCUAGAGCAGAACUCGGCAGGCUCACAGCGUCUUCCGUUUCUAGACGCCCUUUACUCUAUCCUUGACCAUUGUUUCCCUUUGCACUCUGACGUCUCUUGCAAUCGGUUGACAAAGGCUGUCCUCUCCUCGAUUACUGUUAUCUUACCUUCUCAAUCCGACUUGGAUCAGUCUAUUGACACGAUACAGGCUGGUCGGAGCAAAAAGGGGAAGAAACGGGCGAGGGCUUACGAAGGAGAUGAGGUUUUCAAGGCUUCUCGCAAUGUACUAUGUCCCUUGUCUGAUGACGGGAAAUCUGUACUCAUCGCCUGCGAUGCACUGGCUUUACUAUUGCGCAACCCGGGUCUCAGUCCAGUGACGCACUCUCUGUCAGUCCGUGUCUUGUUAUCUAUCCUCUUCUUCCUUCCCCAGCGCCCCUCCCUGUCGUUAUCGUCCGACUCAACUCUCCACCCAAAACUUUUACAAAAAAUACAAGCCCUGGUUACGGAAUCUGGCUGCGGGACAACGAACACCGCGAGUAAAAGUCUGGGUCUCGUUCUAAGAGCCGUUGAUUUGAGCAAGACUGACGACAACGCUUGUCAACGUACCCUUGAUCUAUUACUGCACCCCCGUAUUCCGCCUCUCGUCCGUUCCCUGCCGCACGUUGAAACCCUUUCACUCUUUCUAUCCGAAGAAGGUACGGAAGAAGCGAGAGAUCGAGAAUUACUCGGUCUGUCGGUUUUGCAACACCAAGCUACAGAUCCUGUGCAGACCACCAUUGUUGAUUUAGAUCAGGAAAACCAUCGUGUUCGCCCUAUUACUCCAGCAAAGCCCCCUUUACUAAUCCCUACCAAUAAGCCUACACCAGCCCACCCUGGUGAUAGUCUGCCACAUGCGGAGUCAACCUAUAUUCCCCCGAAACCAUCAUAUCCACCAGCCACAGCUCUUGCACUGGGGCCGCCUACAAGGACAACCGUCAAGCCAGAAGUUAUCAUGGCGGAGGCAGUGGAAGAGGACCAAGCAAUGCCCGCGAUAGAUCUAGAUUCGGAUUCGGAUCCGGAUUCGCAGUGA